GGGCCGGCAGCGGCACCGGGAGCAGCACCGGGAGCAGCGCCAUGGCCGGGCCUCAAGCCGCGGGUGGUGCCGCCACCGCCGCCGCCGCUGAGGGGAGCGAAGCCGGGAAUGGCGGCCGCGAAGGCUACGACGGGAAGUGCGUGUUCUGCAGGAUCGCCCGCCGGGAGGAGCCGGGCACGGUGCUGCUCCCCUGYGAGGAUGAAGACCUUGUUUGCUUUAGAGAUAUAAAACCUGGUGCCCCCCACCACUACCUGGUGGUGCCCGUGAARCACAUGGGAAACUGCAAAACACUGAAGACAGAGCACAUACCUCUCGUGAARAGAAUGAUGGAAGUUGGAAAAGCUGUUCUCCAGAAAAAUAAUUUUAGUGACUUGAAUGACGUAAGAAUGGGUUUUCACUGGCCUCCGUUCUGCUCGAUAGCCCAUUUGCAUCUUCAUGUCCUGGCCCCAGCCAGUCAGCUGGGAUUCUUAUCCAGGAUCUACUACAGAAUCAAUUCCUACUGGUUUAUCACGGCUGAACAACUGAUCGAGAGAUUGCAAACUGAAAAUGCUGCCAGCUGAAAGCUUGUGUUGUUUGGUCUUUGAGCUCUGAUUUAAGGUUGCACAGUUUGAUGUUGCCAAUAAUAUCCCAGGAUAAAAAAAGCUUUAGUUCCUUAUGAGGAAAUAGAGAAUUUGUAGCUGCCAACCUAAUUCUUCCAUUUGGAUACUUCAGUCUGUAUGCUUCCCUGGCAAUAGCAUGAUGUAUUUCAGUUAUAAUUUUGUAUUUGUGUAUAUGUAUACAUCAUCUACACAAACACAUGCACACAGGCAGAGAACUUUUCCUAUUAAAAGGCAAAGUGUAGCAACAGAAUGUAUUGCAACCAAGGCAACAAGUUACAACUAACAGCAUGUGAACAGUGCCAAAGGGAGUAUUUGUUGCGGAAUCAAGCUUUCAUGUUCAAGAAUAAUUAUUCUGGGAUGGCAGGUAACAUUUCAAACAUUUGUUCCCAUCUGCAUUUGUAUGAUGUGUUACAUAUGCCUAGUAAUGAGUAGGUACAUUGCUGAAAAUACAGUACUGACUUUCUGGUGCUAAAACCGUUCAAUGUUACCUGCCUCGUUUGCAUCACAGUGACACCGUAAAUGUCAAUACAAUAUGUUCCCAAGAUGUGAUAAUGCUGUAUAACAUAGUAUAUAGUUUAUAUGUAAAUAGAUUUAAAGAUUUUUUCCAUCUUAUGUGCACAAUAUUUGAAAUUAGUUAUUAUAUGUUUACAGAAAAUGUGAAGAGUUCAGAAAAAUGGAUUUAAUGUUUUAAAAUUCUGCAUGGCAGUAGAUUGAAAAACCCAGAUUUUCUGAUUUUCCAAUUCUCACUGGAAGUCCCUUGGAGAUUACUAAUGCUUGGCUGAAUUUGGAUUAUAAAUGAAGUCAUAAGAGAAGCUGGUCUUAAAUGCAGUGUGUGUGUGGCAGGCUUACAUAAGAGCAAUGUGAUUUGACUUUGGRAUAGCAGGGACUCAGCCCAAAAUUGGAACAUGCCAAGUUGCUUAAGGAACCUGCUGAACAUUUGCCUUUGCUGCAUGACUCUAAUCAGGAAUGCUAGCACUUGUUUUUCAAUACCAUAAUAAGGCAGACUGUUUGGAAAGUUAAAACUCCAGAACACAUGGAGUGGAUUUUCUUUGUUCACAGAGCACGUCUUGGUGCUGAACUAACCAAGUGCCCUUGCCUGAUGCAUUCAGAUGCAGCUGAGGUGAGAAUGUUGCACCUGCAAGCUUCCCUGAACAUAAAAGUUUCUCUGUUUUCCACRGAUCCAGCACCUGUUGCCUUAGUGAUACAGUGUACUGUAAUAUUCUUACAGUACUUCUGAGAGUCUGCACUCUUCUGAAGAACAGCAUUUUCCACCUGGAAGAGUUGACACCCCUGUCUCUCUUAAGAGCCUCUUCCUGAUGUCUUGUUCUUAUUAGUGGGCACUCACAUGUCAUUUGCCACCCUUUGGGGUUUUUAAUUUGUGACAUUUGGAAGGAAAAGUGUGACUUAAAGCCACUGAACUUUGACUGCAAUAGAUGAGGCGGUUUGAACUUCCUAACUUAAUGAAACACCUGAACAUUAAGGAUUUUCAAGAAUYACUACUGUGUAUGGGUUCUGAUCUGUAAUUAAUUUAUGUAACUAUACUAAACUGUGACAUAAUAUUUAAGAUAMUAACAUGAACUGUUGUCAAAAAGGACUGAUAAGUAGAAUAAACGCUAAUCUUGGAAUGAU